GUUCUGUUUCCAAUCCUCAAAGAGUUUACACCAGAGAGAGACUGAUUGAGACUGACUUUAACACCACGAUUCCAACCGGGAUAACGUCCCUAAAGGAGAGUAAGGCUCGUGGAAAUCCCUAGAAUCCAGGCCUCCCUGUCUAAGGCAAGGAGGGGAGGCAGACUGCUAACAAGGCUUGCACGUGGCUCCUUUAGAAAGGCACAUUUAAUCCAGUGGUCCCCAUGCCAUUUUUAGCCUCUAAGGACACGUUCCCUGGCGUGCCCUUAGCCUUGGACCACCACAGAAUGAGACAUCACCAGACAACAAAGACUCUCCUUUGCUGCUUGUCCUGCAGUCUGCCGGUGGCUUCAUGGCAGACAGAAGGGCCCCCUAUGGGGGUGAGGCUGUUGGCCCCAUUCUGGCUCUACUUCUUCCUCCGGGUGGAAGCUGGGCCUGAAACUCCACCUGCCAUGCCUAGGCUGGGCCUUUCCUGGUCCCUGUCCAUGGACUAGCUGAAGAGCAAAUGGCCCAGACCCUCAGAGCGCUCGCGCAGCCAGUGUGAUGCAGCAGGCCUCCACAACUGCUCCUAUCAUUGCUGUUAUAAUGCAGAGCUGUGUUCAAGGACACAAAACCCAACCCAGCUCCUAGUGACACAGAACUUCCUUCUUUCCAACAUGUAUACUGGGCACUGGUUUCACAUAAUGGUCCCUGCCAUGCUCAAGGUCCUUCUUCCUAGUCUGGAGGGGGAGACAGACGCACCCAAUAUCACAGCAGGGCAGGAGCACUCCGACUGGGACUGGACAUGGCAGCUAGGCUGUGGGAACUGUGGGGAAGGAUCCAUGAGGGGGACCUGGGAUGGGAGGAAGGCCUUACUGAGGAAGAGGCCUUGGAGUAGGACCCAGACAGGCUGAGUGGCCUCUGGACAGAGAAGGGCACUGCCAUAGAGGGGGUAGCAGGAGGACAUUUCCUGACAGGAGCUCCCAGCGUGUCAGACAAUAGUGCCAGGGGCCCAGUGGGGUUGGCCCAGGGCUGGAGCCCAGAAGACAGUGAGUGAAAGCGGCUGGAGGGCUGCGUGAGUGGGUAAGAGGAGCCCUGCGGCCAGGAGACUGGAAAGGGCAGGCCUCGAUGUCACCAGGGCCUCUGUCUGAGCCAUAGCUGAGAGACCACUCAGAUGUGAGGUAGACCAACUGCAGGGGCACGGCUGGUGCCUGGGAGGGAGGGAGAAGAGUAAGGAGGCAGCUCCCACCAGGACUUACAGGGUAAGGGGGGCUGGAAGGAGGGGGAGGCAAAAAGACCACACAGCCAGGCCUGCCCCUUGGCAGCCCCAGGCCUUGGGCCCCAUAGCCCACAGCUAGGCACUUUCUCCAUGGCUGCAGGCUGUGCAUUUCCCACAGCAAGUCCAGACUGAAAUCACUUUCCCUCUGGGGUGGCUGUCCUCAGAGUCCAAUCAGCUGUGAUCUGCUAGAGUCACCUGACCCUGGGGCUUUGGUCCAUAAGGCAGGGACACGUACACGUCAUCUCUCGGGCCUCUGGAGCACUGAAGAGCCAACCAAUCAUUUCUCUCAAACCUAGGUACCUAAUAAAGACUGUGGGACUGGCGGCCACAGGGCACAGGGUUGAAAUUCUGGGACGGAGAAGCCUUAGUCGAGGGAAGCCAUUUUCAUAAUGCCUUUCAUCAACUAGACUGAAGUAAGCACCGUGAGGAUUUCAUCUUCAGAAGACAAGAUGAGCCUCGUGUCCUAGUUCUUAUCCACAGCAGAAAUUCGGCAAAUCCUGAAACAAAGGCCAUGAGCUAAUGGUCCUACAGAAGGCUUAGGACUUCAAGAGUGCCUAAAUGACAUCAAGUAAAUACUGGUUCUCUGCAGAAUGCCAGACUGCAGUUUCCUGAGUCAUUUUCUCUUCUCCCACCAAACGGCUCAAUCCCUUUGUAUAAGUCAUCAGCCGAGUUCAUGAGCUAGCACAGGCCACAAGGAAAUUUCAUUCUCAGUCUUUACAGAACUCACUGAGGCAAAAAUACUCUGCUGUGCAACUGAAGGGAGAUGGCUGUUCAUCCAAAGUUCAUCCAAAUCAGAAGAAGGCCCCUUCUGAGAAGCCACCAAUGGUUUCCAUUUAAAUUCUUAGCCUCUGAGGGCAUGUCCCUACAGGAUAAACUGACUUCUUCAAUGAAUUCUUUGGAAACCUGUUUUGAAGCACAAAGACCACAGACCAAGCCCAAAUGUAGACCUCGGGGCUCUGUUAAGGAUUACAGUCCCCAGAGUGAAAGGUAUCUUGGCAGAUUCUCUUUCAAGCCCUAUUUGCACUCCCAUUUUAGAAACAAAGGAUUGAUCCUCAGAGAGGGCAAAUGACCUUUCUCAGUGGCAGCCAGGACAAAGGACCUGAGAUCCUUGCAGACAGGGCCUUCCCAUGGUACCACUCUAUCUCCCGAGAACAAAGUUGUCCGCAACAGCUAGAGAACACUUAUCACCAGAUUCACUAUCGUAUCCUCUCCUCUGUGGUGAGGACAACUUUCAUUUGGGUUUUGUGCGAUUCCACAGCCACACUCUCAUCUAUUUUCACAUACGCAAUGAUGGCUAUCUUCAUGUUGUCUUCUUACAUCUAACUAAACAAGUAGGAAUUUUCUUUGGGAGUGAGUCUGUGUAAGGUAGGCCCUUUGAAAAGUAUCUAACCCAACGGAAAACAAAAUUAUUCAAUGGACCUACCAUCCAGGUAAUGGCAGGGGAGGGAUACUGGGGUCGAGGGUGGGGGUCGGCUUGGGGCAAGGAGAGCAGGGCUGGCUCAGGGGAGUGGGUCAGUGAAAUGCUUUGUCUCAACAGAACAGAAUAGGUGCUAAACCCCCCCAAAUCAAGGAAUUAAAAGGGGAAGUACCAGAGGAGAUCCAAUUUGGAAGUGAGAGGCCAGAAAUCUGGGAGAGCAGAAGCCAAACCACUCUAAAGCAGAAAAGAAAUAGGGCUUUAGAGGAAGCCUCAAGGGAGGUUGUAUGCAAGCAGCUGUGGAAGGUGAUUUGAAAAGGGCACAUGCAGGUGUUCCCAAAGUGAGCUCGUCCAGGACAACCAGAAGAGUUUCUAUGGUGAAGAAAUGGAAACUAAAGACAACCUGGAGAGGGAUGAGUUGAGGGCAAGCAGAGUACAAGAGGAGACUCCCUCCCAAGCACAGUGGAGGAUGCGGCCAUCCACCUCCAUGCCUACGCUGUGGGUAAUAGUGUGUUUGAGGUGUUUUGGGUGACACUGAGGUUGAGGAUCAUCAGAAGCACUCCCACUGUGCUCCAGCACAGCACUACUCUGGGGACAACUUGACCCAGAGGCAAGAAAACAGGACUCCUUGUUUGGGCCCAUCUGAGCAGGACCAACCAAACAGCAGGAGCAGCUAGAGGAGACCAAAGCAGGAAGCAGGAGCAGCACAAAGAAGGAGGGGGCUAUCAACCUAGACUAGGCAAAUCAGCCUGCUAGGGACCACCGUCUCCUGGGAGGCACAGUCCCCCAGUGGCCCAUAUGACCUGCCUAGUCUUGGUGGGAGCCAAGCUAGGACUAACCAGGGCCUGGCCCUUAAGCACAUCAGAGAGGUCAGCAACAGGUCCCCCAACCCGUCUUUAGAGGUGGGAGUGGAGACAGGAUUGUGCUUUCUCAACCCAUCCAGGGCCGGGCCACAUGAAACAAUGUGCCUGGCAGCUGAUAGGAGCCUUUCCUGGGAACUUGAACCAAACGUUUCUCUCCUUUUAGAAAAGAGAGAAGCUGGGACCCUGCACCCCUCCCCUCCCCCACACUUGGCCAGGGCUCCCUCUCCAGACCAGCUGUGAGCCACCUUUGUGACAUCAUGUGACAACUAAAGGGAACGAUGACUUAAGCAGCCGGUUGCCACACUACCGAGACUCUAGAAUUUUGUGGACAGUAUUUACUGGGCAUCCCCACCCUGACCAAAGGCAUUUCUGACCUGAGAGUUCAGGGAUAUGAUCUCAGAUAGAAAGUGCUCCUGACCUAGACUAGCUCCAUGGCUAGUCAGAGUACCGACCAGAUAGAUGAAGUCAAGCAGGCCCCAUCGGGUGACGGAGAGCCAGCAACAGGGGUCCCAACUAAUUCAUCCCUGGAUCCAAAUCUGGAUUCCAGGGAGAUUUUGGAGACCCACAGUGACCAAGCCAUGAGCCAAGAUCCAGGCCCCCAAGACAACCCGCGACCACAGGACCCAAACCAAGGCGCCGUCCACGUGGAAGAAAACCACCACCUUCUCGGGCUCUCCUUCCCAAGAAAGCUUUGGAUGGUAGCUGAGGACGACGCCUUCACGUCUGUGCGCUGGAAUGAUGAGGGAGACACCGUGAUCAUUGAAGUGGAUCUUUUCCAGAGGGAGAUUCUUCAUCGGAGAGGCCCAGGGAGAAUUUUUGAAACAGACAGCUUGAAGAAUUUUAUCCGCCAACUGAACCUCUACGGCUUCAGCAAAAUACGUCCAAACGACCCUUCGGUUCACUCUCCAGGGAACAAGAGAAUGAUGAUCUACCGUAACUCCAACUUUAGGAGAGACAAGCCUCUGCUCAUCGAGAACAUCCAAAGAGGCAACGUGAGAACUACCGCUCAGCCAGGGACCAGCACAACAACUCCAAAGAGAAAGAAGCAGGUAGCAGCUACGAGGCGCUCCCCACGAAUCUGUCAAAAUGAACCCACCAUAGAAACUGACAGAAAGGCCCAAAAGGAAGCCCCAAAAGCUCAGGGACCCACUGACACCUGGUCGUUCAUGUGCUCUGAUGUCCACUCUGUGAGCAGUGUAGAAGGACAUGCCACAGAAAAUCGUGAACCAAGUGAGCCAGGCAGCCCAAGUGGGGAGGGCACAUCCAGGAAUGUUCUGUUUGAGUCCAUGGCUACUGGCGGAGGAGACGGUGCAGAGGAACCACCCACCAGCCCCCCAGAUUACCCAGAUUAUGAUUCGGUGAUGUCCUUGUACAAUACCUGUUAUUCCAUCCUGCUGGCUUCCCUUUCAGUGAUGGCUCCAUAUGAGGCCCCUGACGAGGACGAGGAGCAGGAAAGCUCCUCAGAUUAUAAGUGUGCACUAUGUGAGCACUUUAAGGACAACCCACGUUCCUAA